AGCGAAACGACAGCGACGCGGCGGAGAAUUGGCAGCGACCAAAGGAUCCAUGGAAUCACGUCAGUGAAUAGCACAAGUGAAGUCCUCACCCACGGACCCACCCGCUCGCUCACCAGUCACCACCACCGCGCGACGGGCCGGGAGCAGCGAGCCGGCCGCUUGCUCUCCGCAGAGCAGAGGCAUGGCACCACCGCUCAGCAGCUUCUCCGUGCUCCGACGAAGCCGAGCGCACCGGAAGCCGCGGCUGCUCUUCUUCUUGCUCGCCGUCAUCACCGCCGGCGUCGUGCCGAGGAGCGCCAACGCGAUCACCCGGCGCGACUUCCCCGAGGGGUUCGUCUUCGGCGCCGGGUCAUCGGCUUUCCAGGUGGAAGGGGCAGCUGCAGAGGAUGGAAGGGCACCAAGUAUUUGGGACACCUUCACCCAUGAAGGUUAUUCGUACGACGGAUCCACUGCAGAUGUUUCAGCAGAUCAGUAUCACCACUACAAGGAAGACGUAAAGCUUAUGCAUGUGAUGGGUUUAGACGCCUACAGAUUCUCAAUUGCUUGGCCCAGGCUUAUUCCUGAUGGAAGAGGAGAGAUCAACCCAAAAGCUUUGGAAUACUACAACAAUCUCAUAGAUGACCUGAUACUGCACGGGAUUGAGCCUCAUGUCACCAUCUACCAUUUUGAUCUUCCUCAGGUCCUUCAGGAUGAAUACGGCGGACUCCUCAGCCCCAGAUUCAUAGAAGACUACACUGCAUUUGCAGAAGUCUGCUUCAAGAACUUCGGGGACAGGGUGAAGCACUGGGUCACCGUCAACGAGCCCAACAUAGAGCCCAUCGGCGGCUACGACAUUGGCUCACAGCCGCCGCGGCGCUGCUCCUAUCCCUUCGGCGAGAACUGCACCGGCGGCAACUCCUCGACGGAGCCGUACAUCGCCGCGCACCACCUCCUCCUUGCACACGUCUCUGCAGUGUCCUUGUACAGGAGCAAGUACGAGCCGAUCCAAGGAGGCCGGAUAGGGAUCACGCUCCUGGGCUGGUGGCACGAGCCUGCCACCAACACGUCGCAGGAUGCAGCCGCUGCGUCGAGGAUGAACGACUUUCACCUCGGAUGGUUCAUGCACCCGUUGGUGUACGGGGACUACCCGCCGGUGAUGAGGAGCAGGGUGGGCGGCCGGCUGCCGCGUCUGUCCGCGGAGGAGUCGGCGGCGGUGCGCGGGUCCUUCGACUUCGUCGGCUUCAACCACUACCUCAUCCUACGAGUCCGGUCGUCCGGGGAGGAGGAGGAGGAUUCCGGCCAGAGGUCCCGGGACUACUACGUUGAUGCGGCCGUCCAGAAUCCACUCCAGACCAUCACGGAGGGCCGCAUCGAGUCCCCCCCAUGGGCGCUGGGGAAGCUGCUGGAGCACCUGAAGGUGAAGUACGGCAACCCUCCCGUCGUCAUCCAUGAAAAUGGGGUAGGAGACGCCCCCGACGGCACGCCGGGCGCGAUCGAGUUCGACGACGAGUUCAGGUCCGAGUUCCUGCAGAGCUACCUGGAGGUGCUCUACCAGUCCAUACGGAACGGGUCGGACGCGCGGGGCUACUUCGUGUGGUCGUUCCUGGACGUGUUCGAGUUCCUCUUCGCCUACGAGCUGCGCUUCGGGCUGUGCGGCGUGGACAUGGCCGCCGCGGCGCGCACGCGGUACCCGCGGAGCUCCGCGCGCUGGUACGCCGGCUUCCUCCGCGGCGGCGAGCUCCGCCCGCCGCCGCCCGCCAGGCCGCACGUCGCCGCGUGAUCGAAAAGCGAACAUCAAAGAUAGAAAGGGCAGGACGGAGGUCACUCGCGAGUCGCGAGUCGAGUCGAGAAUAAAAGGUUCGUGUAGGCACGCACCACGUCUGAUGAUGACGUGGCAGGUGCUACCCCGCGGGGUUGGAACUGUACUAACUUUUCGUGUGCGAAUCCUCAGGCGUUUAGUCCCACCCUAUAAACCCGUAAACACAAAAAAAAUCA